GAAGAUGCUGAUGUACAACACUUCAUAAUAUGUUGCCACUUGUCUUUGAAUCUAAGAAUUAACAUUUGUUCGCUGAGUAAUCCAUUCCCUUUCUUUGUAAUAUCAUUCUAGGUUUGCAUUGUUCAGAAGAAAGACACAGAGACAAUGUACGCCAUGAAGUACAUGAAUAAACAGCAGUGCAUUGAGCGGGAUGAAGUACGCAAUGUGUUCCGGGAGCUGGAGAUCCUGCAGGAAAUUGAACAUGUCUUUUUAGUUAACCUUUGGUAUUCCUUCCAGGAUGAAGAGGACAUGUUUAUGGUUGUAGACCUACUCUUGGGCGGAGAUCUUCGAUAUCAUCUACAGCAAAAUGUCCAGUUUACGGAGGAGACUGUUAAACUGUACAUAUGUGAAAUGGCUCUAGCUUUAGACUACUUAAGAAGUCAACAUAUAAUCCAUCGAGAUGUAAAGCCAGACAACAUUCUCCUUGAUGAACAAGGUCAUGCUCAUCUAACAGACUUCAAUGUGGCGACCAUAAUCAAAGAUGGCGAAAGAGCUACCGCAUUAGCUGGAACUAAACCAUACAUGGCUCCAGAAAUUUUUCAGUCUUUUGUUAAUGGUGGAACUGGCUAUUCGUUUGAGGUGGACUGGUGGUCAUUAGGAAUAAUGUCAUUUGAGUUACUCCGAAGCUGGCGCCCGUAUGACAUCCAUUCAAACAGUUCAGUGGAAUCCCUGGUCCAGUUAUUUAGCACAGUCACUGUCCAGUACGCUUCAGUCUGGUCGAAGGACAUGAUUGCACUCUUACGGAAGCUUUUGACAGUAAAUCCUGAACAUCGCUGCUCUUGCCUUCUUGAUAUUCAAACAUCAACAUAUUUAGCAGAUGUUGUCUGGGAAGAUAUUCUGGAGAAGAAAGUGGAACCAGGUUUUGUUCCAAAUAAAGGUCGUCUGCACUGUGAUCCCACAUUUGAACUAGAAGAGAUGAUCUUAGAAUCAAGACCACUCCAUAAAAAGAAGAAAAGGCUGGCCAAGAACAAGUCCAGGGAUAACAGUAAAGACAGUUCACAGUCUGUAAGUUUUACAUAUUAA